UCCUCACUACUCAAUAAUGACAUUGAUUCACCAGUUAACGCCAAGCCCUCAUCACCUGCACCAACUUUUAUUCAAAGAACUUCAUCAAUCAACCAACUUUUAUUCAAACAACAAACAAUUCUUUCUUAUCCCUUUUUUCCAAUCGGACUAUCCUUUUUUUGGCCCUUUCUCAUCCACUUUCAGGAAUGAAUUCAGUUUUGAUUUAGUUUCAAGUUUUUCUAGUUUUAGUUUUUCCUCCUGUGUUUCUGCUAUUUAA